GGCGCAAGGAUACUCGCUCCGUUUGCCAGGACUCCGCCAGUCGUCUAAAUAGAAACCAAAACAAAUCGCUUUGGCGCGAAACGGAAGCCGGAAGUUGUGGAGUAUAGUAAUAGAACUCGGAAUCAGUGAUUUAACCAGCCAACCUGGCCAUGUCCCGACGCAAACAGGCCAAGCCGCGCGCCUGUCUCAAACUUGGCGAGAAGGAGGACGAGGAGAACACUGGGCUGCUGGAGCCCAAAGAGGAGCUGCUCAGCGGCGACGAGGACAACGAGGAUAAUGAGGACGAGGACGAGGAGCUGGCCGAUGGAGAGUCGGCCGAGGGAGGGGAGCAGCAGCCCCAUCCCCAGCCCCAGCUCGAGCCCAAUGAAUCACAGCAACAAAGCUGGCCAACAGCUGAUGAGCCAGCGGUCCCAGCUGCAGUGGCAAAAGAAGAAGAAGACGGACCAGAAGAACUACAACACCCACGGGAUGGGGUAGUUGCAUCUGAUGCUGCUGCUGCUGCUGCUUCUGCUUCUGGUGGUGGUGCUUCUGGUGAUGCUGCUGCCAAUGCCAACGGACACUGCAAGUCCUCUGGCCAAGACGAUGCGGAUGCGGAUGCGGAUCCCGAGGCGGAGGCGGAAGUGGAGGAGCCUGAACCAGAGGAUUUGGAUCUGGAUGAGGAGCUGCUCAGUCUCAGCGGGGACGAGGACUACGACGACGAGGAGCUGCAGAGCCUGGACAGCUUCUACUCAGAUAUGUACAGCACCCACACCUCGUCCAGUUAUUCACCAAGUAUUUCUGACGGCACCAUGACUCCGAACUCCCACCAUCUGCCAGGAGCUCCCAAUCCGGCUGGCCAGGAGGAUCACCAUCCUUCCGAGGGCAAAGCCAAUGGAGGCGCCGAGGGCGAGGAGUUGCCCAAGCCGAAGCGCUUGCCCCACUUCCACCACCACCACCACCACCACUACCACCACCAGCAGGCGCUGAAAAUAGCCAACAAGCUGCGCAAAAUCAAUAAGGAAACCAAGAUGGGAGCCGCCGCAGGUGCGGGAUCCGCAGGAGCGGGCUCCAAGUUUGAUAAGCUGACAGGGGAGGGGAUUAAAAGUCGCGGCGACGGCUCCUAUCAGUGUCAGUUCUGCGAGAAGACAUUUCCGCGACUCGGCUACUUGAAGCAUCACGUGCAGAGCCACGCUGAACACCUGCCUUUCAAGUGCGAGUACUGCUCGAAGCUCUUCAAGCACAAGCGAUCCCGCGAUCGCCACAAGAAGUUGCACACCAACGAGCGGAACUACAAGUGUCCGCAUUGCGAGGCAGCCUUCUCAAGGAGUGACCACUUGAAGAUCCACAUGAAAACCCAUGACAUCCAGAAACCCUUUCAAUGCAGCAUGUGCAACAGGGGUUACAAUACCGCUGCGGCGUUGACCUCCCACAUGCAGAAGCACAAGAAGAAUGCCGCUAUCUUGGCAGCUGGUGGCAACCCCAAUGCCCUCAACUACAGUCCUCGAUCCACAGGAUCUGCCUCGGCUUCGGUUUCCAGCAAUGGCAGUCUCCAAAAGAGGCGAUAUGCCUUGGCUUUGGCUUCGGACAGCAGUCCCAGUAGAUUGGAUUUCCCCAAGAGAUCGAGGAGUGGCAACUUGGGUGGCACCACCACCACAACUGCCACGCCCACUCCGAUGCUGAGAUGCAGCUACUGCCCCAAGGUCACCGAGUUCAGCAGUCUGGAGCAACUGAACGCCCAUCUGCAGAGUGUCCACGAACAGCAGCCAACUGGGAAGAGUGCUCCUGGUCAGGAGGGGGAAACCUUCCAGCUGAGCUGUGAGUACUGCACCAUGAAGUUCGGCAACAUCGCCGGACUUUUCCAGCACAUGAGGAGCACCCACAUGGACAGGUUGAGCAGCCCGAAUUCUUACUACGAGCACUUCAAUCGUUUGGCCACCGCGGGAACUUUCAGUCCGAGAUUGGCAUUGGAUUUGCCGAAGAUUAAACAGGAUCUGGGAAGUCCUGAGAGGGAAUCGCGGCAGGCGGAAGAGGAUCUGCCCACGGAUCUGAGCAGCAACAAGCGGAGACCUUUGACCCCGAAUCCACCAAGUCAAACCCAACUAGCACCACCAUCUGCGCCACCGGGUGUCUUCUUCUGCAAUCAGUGCAAUGCUGGACUUCCGGACUUCGAGAGCUUCAGGAAUCAUCUGAAGAGUCACAUUGCCGAGGGAAUGCAGUUGGUGUGUCCCCAUUGCGGGCUGAGUUUGCCGGAGCAAUCGGAGUUCGAGCGCCAUGUGGUGGGUCACUUCCUCAUCACGGGUUCCGAGUUCAACUGCAGUUCGAGUUGCGGCAAGAGCUUCGCCAAGUCCGAGGAUCUGCAGCAACAUCUCCUUUCGGAUCACGUUCUAACCCUUCUGAAGUGUUCGCUGUGCUCGGAACUCUGUGAGAGUCGAAUGGCCAUGCAGCUCCACUUGGCCUGUGCUCACAGUCAGGAGACAAAGCUCCUCCGCUGCAGCGCCUGCUUGGAGCUCUUCCGCUCGGACGCCGAGUUCCAUGUGCAUGUCAAGACACGUCACCAGCUGGGCGGACAUCCCGCGUUGGGCGCCACUUCUAGUGCGCCCAGCAAUCCAUUGCAGUGUAUGUUCUGUCGAGCGGUUUGCUCCUCGGAAUUGGAGAUGCACUUCCACUUGGCGGCCCACGCUCGCCAGUUUAGAUGUCCCUCCUGCCCGGAAACCUUCCAUGUGGAGUUCCUGCUGGAUCGUCACAUGCAGAGUCAACAUGGUGGGGUAAAGGAUAAGGAAUCGAACUCACCCAAUAUGGGAAGUCUCUAUGUGAAUGCUUUACUGCCUCCUUUGGCGGCGGCGGCGGCGGCAGCAGCGGCCACCAACAACAACAGCAGCAUAAUAGACUACAAUGUGGCGUUCAAGGGAUUGUUUGGAGGUUCAGCCGGAUCAGGAGGAGGAUCUGCAGGAGGGGGAGCAGCAGGAGGAGCUCCACCCUCGAGUAACAAAUUCUACAGUCCUCUGCAAGUGGACACCAAUGCAUUGAAGGCACAAACCUCUCCACAUCCUGCUUUAAUGUAUGGCCUCAGUCAGCGGUAUUUGAUGGAGAUGUAUGCUGCCAAAUCCACUUCGCCUGCGGGUAACGAAGGAGUGGGGAAUCCACCAGUUUCGACUCCCCAGACCGCAGCUCCUCCCCCACAAAGUGCACAAACUGCCACCUUCAGUUGCGGAAUGUGCGAGCGACAGGAUUUGCGCAGCGAGGCGGAACUCCACUCGCAUCGCAAGCUGGCUCACAACUUGAAGACCGGAGUGAGUUUGCGGUGCGCCUACUGUGCGGGCAACUUCAAGUCCCGCGCCGAACUGGAGCAGCACAUGAAGAGCUGCCACAACUCGACGGGCAAGCACAAGUGCCUCAUCUGCGACGAGGUCUUCCCCUCCCCGGCCAUCCUGGCGGAGCACAAGCUGCAGCACUCGAAGGUGGGCCAGUCGGGCAAGUGCUCCCACUGCGGCCAGCCGCUGGAGGAUGUGGCCGCCUUCCGAGCUCACCUCUCCGAACAUGGAAGCGAUGGUGCCUCCCUGCCACUGGCAUGCAUCUGUUGCCGCCAAACGUUGCACUCGGAAUUCGAGCUAAGUCUGCAUGCCAAGUUCCACACGAAGUCCUCGUCGAGUGGUGGGAGUCUCCAGGAACCAGUUUGUGCUCUGUGCCUGGAACCUCUGCCCGAUGCCACCGAAGGUCCUGCCAAACUGUGCGACAAGUGCUGCCGCAAACACAAUCUGAAUGGAAAGCGUGGCAAGCCCACUGAACCACCUUCGGCAUCUCUGCAGUCGCAGACUCCCUCCUCCUUCGUGGAGAACCGCUGCAAUCUGUGCAAGAUGAUCCUGCCACAUGCCCAAAAGCUGCAGGAACACCUGGUGGAACACACUUUCGCUGGCACCGAACAGCGUGGCUUCAAUUGCUACAUUUGCUCCGCGGUUUUCACCGCUCCUGGAGGAUUGCUCAACCACAUGGGCGAGCAUGGAGCUCACUCUCGUCCCUACGAUUGCAGUAUUUGCCCGGACAAGUUCUACUUCCGCGCCGAGUUGGAGCACCACCAAAGGAGCCACGAGCAGCGACCCCAAGUGCGUGCUCCUGUGUCCAAAGUGGAGGUGCCCUCCAUUCGGAAAAGUUCACCCAGCCAGAGCCCGGUGAGAAGUCCCACGAUUGUCAAGCAGGAACUCUACGAAACUGAUACGGUUGAAUCGAAUGCUGGAGAGGAUGAGCCCGAGAAUCCUCCAGAGGAAGAGGAGUACAUCGAAGUGGAGCAGAUGCCACAUGAGACACGUCCAGCUGAGAUUGGGUCGCAAAUGGAAAGGUCCACCAGCAGCGCCUAAAAAAUUACUAGAAAAUUAAACAACAGUUGGGAAACUCUUCUAGAACUUAUCUUAAUAUUUAAAAGACUGUUUCCAAACUUGCUUUUAAAUUCAAAUUCCAACGUUUUACAUAUUUAUUUUUAUAAACAUUUUGGGACACACCAGACCAAAAGUUUCUGCCCCAAAAACUAAUGCAUCUUGCCACUUUUAACACGAAGCAACUGGAACAGUUUAGUAUUAACCACAUAUAGUACGUAUAGUUACAUAACUUUGCAUAAAUCCUAAUAAUAAGUAAUUGUCAGAACAUAAUCAAUAUUACACAUACGCCUAGUGUACUCGUAGAAAGUCUUGAGAAAAAGUUAAAGGAAAGCAUUUGUGUGUGAUAGUUUUUCAAAGAUUCGACUCCGCUAUUUAUCCUCAAUUAUGAUUUAUGAUUUACCUACUGUAGGUGUGUAUGUUAUAGGGCCUUGCCUUCGAUUCAGUAUUUAUAACAUAAACUGUAUUACACGAUCCAACAAUAACUAACCAUGUAACUAUAAAACGAUUAAGCAAUUACAUAUGAGUGUACAUCGCAUAUAAGCACCAAGACAUUUUUAAUGUGUAGCAUAUAAAAACCGAAAAGGAAAAGAAAGCAAGAACGAAUAUUUAGUAAAUAAAACAAACACAGAAGUUGAAACCAAA